UAGCGGUAGUCUGGCACUUAAAAGGCCGUGUUGGUGACGCGCCCGGGUGAAGGCGAGCGCCGCCCCUGCCUUUCCCUUACCAGCUGGGACUGUGGUCCACCUAGUUGCUGGGAGACUCCUCAGAUGCCCAGCACUCACUAGGAGUUCAGCAUAACCCUAGGUUGGGAAAGAAGUGCGCACCCAGUCAUGGGAGCGGGGGACGGAGGAACGUCUGGGCCCACUCAUCCUGGCGGAAUCCGUAUGGUGACUGGCACUAUGACUGCGUCUUUAAGGCGUGAGCAGGAGGCUGGGCCUCGGGGUGAGUUGGAUGGGAGGAGGAGCUUCUUGAUGAUGAUGUAAGGCUUGAAGGAGGAGCGUGGCUUCUCGGUGACUCGCUGCCAGGAAGGGGGCGGGCUCUUAAUGACGAGACGCCGGAGAGGAGGCAAGCAUUCAUUGAUAAAAACGCCGGGCUCCCUUGGGCGCGAGCGCAGCGUAGCAAAUCCCGGCAGCGCCACGCCCGGCCUGGCCGGGCGGAACCUAGAAAACCCCCGGCCCGCGCUGCGAAACACCAUCCGCAUGGAGCCGGCUGCCGGCAUGCUGUCCCCGCGCCCCUUCCCGCGAGCGGCCGCUCCGCCCGCGCCCCACGCCGGGCCCGGGCCGCCUCCGAGUGCCACGCCGGGACUUGAGCUAGAGACGAUGGCCGGGCCGCCGGCGCGGGAUCCCGGACGCCUCAUCACGGACCCGUGCAGCGGCCGCACCUACUUCAAAGGACGCCUUUUGGGCAAGGGGGGCUUCGCCCGUUGCUACGAGGCCACUGACACAGAGACCGGCAACGCCUACGCGGUCAAAGUCAUCUCUCAGAGCCGCAUCACCAAGCCGCAUCAACGCGAGAAGAUCCUAAACGAGAUUGAGCUGCACCGCGGCCUGCAGCACCGCCACAUCGUGCGUUUCUCGCACCACUUUGAAGAUGCUGACAACAUAUACAUUUUCCUGGAGCUCUGCAGCCGAAAGUCCCUGGCCCACAUCUGGAAGGCCCGGCACACCUUGUUGGAACCAGAGGUGCGCUACUACCUGCGACAGAUCCUUUCCGGACUCAAAUAUUUGCACCAGCGAGGCAUCUUGCACCGAGACCUCAAACUAGGAAAUUUUUUUAUCACUGAGGAUAUGGAACUGAAGAUGGGGGAUUUUGGGCUUGCUACCCGGUUGGAGCCCCCAGAACUUAGGAAGAAGACCAUCUGUGGUACCCCUAACUAUGUGGCUCCAGAAGUGCUGCAGAGACAGGGCCAUGGCCCUGAGGCAGAUGUGUGGUCCCUGGGCUGUGUCAUGUACACACUGUUAUGUGGGAGCCCCCCCUUUGAGACAGUCGACCUGAAGGAGACGUACCGCUGUAUCAAACAGGUUCACUACACGCUGCCUGCCAGCCUCUCACUGCCUGCCCGACAGCUGCUGGCCACCAUCCUUAGAGCCUCACCCCAGGACCGCCCCUCAAUUGACCAGAUUCUGCGCCAUGACUUUUUUGCCAAGGGCUACACCCCCGACCGGCUCCCUGUCAGCAGCUGUGUGACAGUCCCAGACCUGAUACCCCUUAAUCCAGCUAGGAUUCUGUUUGUCAAAGUUACCAAGAGCCUCUUUGGCAGGAAGAAGAACAAGAGUAAGCACCAUCCAGAGGAGCAGGAUGAUGUCUCCUGUUUGGUGAGCGGCCUCACUCGGACAUCCAUUGGCCAUCAGGAUGCCAGGCCUGAGGUUCCAGUAGCUUCUUGUCCAGCCCCCCUCAGCCUGGUAGAGACAGCACCUGAAGACAGCUCACCCCGUGGGACACUGGCAAGCAGUGGAGAUGGGUUUGAAGAAGGCCUGACUGUGGCCACAGUGGUGGAGUCAGCCCUCUGUGCUCUGAGAAACUGUCUGGCCUUCAUGCCCCCAGCGGAACAGAACCCAGCUCCCCUGGCACAGCCAGAACCUCUGGUGUGGGUCAGCAAGUGGGUUGACUACUCAAACAAGUUUGGCUUUGGGUAUCAGCUGUCCAGCAGCCGUGUGGCUGUGCUCUUCAACAAUGGCACGCACAUGGCCCUGUCGGCCAACAGAAAGACUGUGCACUACAACCCAACCAGCACAAAGCACUUCUUCUUCUCUGUGGGUGCUGUACCUCGGGCCCUGCAGCCUCAGUUGGGCAUCUUGCGGUAUUUUGCCUCCUACAUGGAGCAGCGCCUCAUGAAGGGUGGAGAUCUGCCCAGUGUGGAAGAAGUGGAGGUUCCUGUUCCCCCACUCCUGCUGCAGUGGGUCAAAACUGAUCAGGCCCUACUCAUGCUGUUUAGUGAUGGCACUGUCCAGGUGAACUUCUAUGAAGACCACACCAAGCUGAUCCUCAGUGGCUGGGAGCCCCUCCUGGUGACUUUUGUGGCCCGCAACCGUAGCGCUUGUACUUACCUCGCUUCCCACCUUCGGCAGCUGGGCUGCUCCCCAGACCUACGACAGCGGCUCCGCUAUACUCUGCGCCUACUCCGGGACCGCUGCUCAGCGUAGGCCCCAGCCUGCAGAGCCGGCUAUGACCCAAGCCCUCAGGCCUGAUGUCUGUGCCUGUAAGGCUCUAGCCCUUGCCUCUGUGGCCCUCCCUGUCCCUUUGGUGCCUCACUGGGGGCUCUGGGCCUAAUCCCCCAGGGAAUCAGGGACCAGCUUUACUGAGGUUGGAGUCGGCCUUGUCCUAGCUGCCUCCUACUCCUUCUCCAAGAAAAGCCUGAGCCUUAGCCCCCAGCUAGGGGGCGUUAUUUAUGGACCACUUUUAUUUAUUGACAGACAUAUAUUUAUUGGGAUGUAUGCCCUAGGGAGAGCCAUCUCCUGGGUUAAUAAACCAUUUUGCAGAACUUGGA